CAUCAAUUUUUAUUACGUGACUAAAGCUCGUCAUUAAUUUAAAAAAAAAAAAAUGACCGACCAGCUUUGUAAACUCUUUGUCGGCGGGCUAAACGUGGACACCGACGACGAUGGCCUGCGCAAGCACUUCGAGCAGUACGGGACGCUGACCGACUGCGUUGUGGUCGUGAACAAGCAGCUGCAGAGGUCCCGCUGCUUUGGCUUUGUCACCUACUCCACACCGGAGGAGGCCGACGCAGCCAUGGCAGCCAGGCCGCACACCGUCGAUGGAAACUCCGUCGAGGUAAAGCGCGCCGUUGCGAGAGAGGACGCAAACAAACCAGAGGCCCUCGCCAAGGUGAAGAAGAUAUUCGUCGGCGGGUUGAAAGACGACAUCGAGGAGGAGCACCUGAGCGAAUAUUUCUCUCAGUACGGCGAGAUCGAGAAGGCCGAAGUCAUCUCGGAGAAGGAGACCGGGAAGAAACGCGGCUUCGGCUUUGUUUACUUCACUGAUCACGAUGCUGCCGACAAAGCAGUGGUGGUGAAGUUUCACACCGUCAAUGGACACAAAGUGGAGGUGAAGAAAGCCCUCACCAAGCAGGAGAUGCAGGCGGCCAACAGGACCGGCAUGGCGCCCAGAGGCAGACCGGGCAGAGGCAUGAGGGGGAAUCAAAAUGGCUACGGCAGCAGAGAGUACGGCGGAAACUACAACUACGGAAAUGGCGGAGGCUACAACGGUGGCGGCUACGGAGGGUAUGGAGGAGGACCAUAUGGGGGUGGCGGCUAUGGUGACCAGGGCAGCGGCUAUGGAGGUGGAAAUGGCUAUGGCAAUGAGUUUGGUAGCGGCUACGGGCAGCACUCUUCUGGGUACGGCCCCAUGAAAGGGCCUCCUUUCGGCGGCCAGAGGAGCGCCGCUCCCUACACCCGAGGAGGGGGAGGAGGAGGUGGAUACCCGAGGGGGGGUGGAUACGGCGGCGGCUAUUAAAAAAAAAAGACUGCACAUCUGGAAAACAAAAACCACCCCACCGCCUGCCAUAAGUUACCUCCAGCCAGGAUUUGGACGUCAAAACUCAAUAAUCAGUAACGGGGCGUCUGCCGUGCUAUCCAACCAUGGCAGAGAUACGGACACAGAGACCCCCCUCUCUCUCCCCCCCUAAUCAUAAUGAAGACCUCAAAAACACAAACAGGUUGCUACGGUAACCUGGCCACGAGGACAUCACCCUGAAAACGAUGGGGUGUGUGUCUGCACGCCGACGGGGGGACCGGAGAGUGGUUGUGCCUUCUCCCCCUCAGGUGAAGUCAGUUUACAGACAGGAUUCCCCAGUGUGGUCAAAAUGCAUUUGAACAAGUCUUAACAUGGUUUUAAUGUCAAUGGUUUUUAUUGAAGAUGUGAUGAGUUUUUUUAAGUAUCUGGAGAAUUUUGAUGACACAGUGCUCAGGUGCUUUAAUGUUCUCUUAGUGACCAGCACUUAAUCACCGACCUGUGAAGUGAUUUGACCAUAACAUGGAAGGCAGUGGUUCUCAACCGGUUUUUAGUGAUUUUUUUUUUUUUUUAAACCCUUAAAUUAACGAUGGAUACAAGUUUAGUGUCGUAAAGAUUUUACUUUUAUUAUGGAUAUAUUGAGGUCAUUAUUGACAAAAAUUGUUAUAAUUUUGUUAUGUAAACAUCUUGUGACCCCCUCAGAUUUAUCUUAAAGGUAGGUACGAGCCCCCAUAGGUUGGGAACCACUGACUUGAGUGCUGCUUAUGAUCCAAGAGAAGAGUUUGCACUUUGGGCACUGUGGGUUUCAAAAUAAAAUAAAACGUUUAUUAUAAUCUUUGUCUUGUAUUUCUUAUAGUGUGUACAUGUUAUUUUACAGUGUGCUGUGAGUUAUGGCUAUAAUUGAGUAAAAUAGGUGCAGGUAAGUACAUAUUCUUGGGUGUAGCCUUUGGAUAACUUGACUUAUUGGAUUUGUGUGUUUGAAUGUUUUCCCUCCUUUUUUGAGGUAUGUUAACAAGGGAAUAUGUCUAUGAAACUUGAAACAACUAGAAGGUUUAUAACCUACAUUUGCAUUAAUGAGCAUAUGUCUGCAGACUUCAAGACAGUGAACAAUGAUGGAAAUGUGCGUGCUCUUUGUAAAAACUAAUGGAUUGGUCAAUCAGGAAUAAGCUCUAAUGUGCAGCAGUAUUUGUGAUGUGCACAAUAUGAAACAUUUUUUUAAUAGGCUCAUAAUGCACUUAAGUGGAGACCAAAAUACAAAGUUUAUCUAAAGCUUCAAGUAGAUAAUUUUCAAUGUUAGUCUUUUAACUACCAAAGUCCGUCAUGUUAAUAUACUUAACCGAAGCUCAACAGGGAAACAUUGGAGGAAACCAAAGCAGAAGUCCAUUUGAUGUGACCUGUUGAAGCCUAAUACUUUCAAAUAAACUCAACUUUAAAGUGCAUUAAACUGGCCAGUAUGAACAUUAUUUCAGAGAGCAAAAUCCGUGUUCAUAUGGGAAAUACCAAAACUGAAUAUAUCCUUUAAACUGCCCUUAAACCUCACAAGACCUCUAAAGGGGGUUCAAUUUUGCAGCUACACGAAAUGUUCAUUGUUCAGCCAUUAAAACCUGAUUGAGAUAAUUUUAACCUAUUACACUUUACAGUCGUAAGAUAAUUUUAUUCAGGUCUCUUGGCUCUGAAGUAGGUAACAAAUGAUCACUAUCUGCAGUAUUUGCAUGUGGACCCAUCUGCAGCUCUGCACGCUGCCUCUAAAUUAUUAAUGGGAAACUGAGUCAACGCUCUGAUCAACACGUUACUAUUGUGUGGAGAUGUCCUCAGAGGAUGAUGCAUUUCAUCAUUAAAUGCACUCAGAAAAAAAGUUUACGAAUAUUUUAUUAGAAAUUAGAUCAAAAUAGCCACAGAAAUAUUUAACUCUCUGGAGGUGUACAUAAAGAUCUUGGGCAGGGAUGCUUUUCUUUUAGAACAAAAAUUAUGCUGUAGAUGUUUGUGCAGUGGUGUGGUCGUAUUUUGCUACAGAUUAUACUGAAACAAAUUCGAAUGAUUUUAUACCGUUUCUUCCAUUAUUAAAUACAGAAGUAAAGGCCAGUGACCAGCAUGUUUAAGGGAAAUAUUUUCAGUCUUCUGCAGCGUUCUGUCAUUGUAAUUUUUAGGUCUUCAAGUCUGCUGACCCAAUGUUGACCAGUACUUAAAAACCAAUGCAUUACUGUUUGCGAGGACUGAGAGGUUUUUAUUUUUUAUUUAAAAGGUAAUCUGAAAAGAUUCCGCUAAUUGAGCGACCAUGACUGAGGCAUAAAGUGCUCUCAAUCAUUACCCCAACAGAUAAAAGAGAAAUAUGUGCUGAAACUCUCUUUGGCAUCAGUACCGCAGCUCAGAGGGAUUUGGGGGAUUUUCAAAAUUAAUGGAUUGGCUGUGAUCUUCCAGAUGCAUUUACAGUAAAACAAAACUGCGGCAACCAUAAGAGCCUUAAAAUCUCAAAACAAAAGACGUGCUUUUAAUUACAAAAUCACUGCCAUUGAGAUAUCAAAGUAAAAGUCUUUUAUUGGAACAAUGAGUUUUAAAAAUACCUACAAAUUCAAGUAUCCUAACACUCCAUUUUCCUAAAAUUGGAGGAACAAGUAUUUUUUAAUUACCUAAAAUCCCAUCUGAUGCACUGUAAUGCUUUGGGAGACCUGGUGUAACAUAAAAGUAUAUGUAGUGUGAUGCUUGACAUUGGUUAACGGGAGUGUAAAUGUUACUUUUGUUCUCUUACCUUUUUAUAGGAUAAUGGUGCUUGACGAUUUCUGAUCCCGUAGCAGAAACAUCUGUAAUACUGGCCGUGCUUUUUAUGGAUCCACAAUAAAUUAUAUAUUUUUAUAUACCAA